AUGGAUGAUGUUCAAGAGCUGGCCCAACAGUUCGUGGAGUCCCCUGUUAUGGAAGAACUCAACAGAAUCUGGAGAAGAGCUUCUAACCGAGUAAAAGAGAAGUUAGGAGAACCACAGGAACAUCAGUUCAGUCGCCGCUCUAAUAUCCAGGAUGAUGCUAUAGUAUCACUUGCUAAGAACGCCAGUAUUUAUAUCAAGACGUUUAAAAAGGCUCUGGGGAAUCUCAAAUAG